AUGGACGAUUGUGACUUAGAAAAACUGAACCUAAAACCAGCAAAAUUCACGCCUAGUUUCAACAAGAAUGUAACUGAAUACCAUGCCACUCUGCCAAGUGACGUAGAUAAGGUCACAUUUGACGUGUUGACAAGUGAUACAGGUGCAUCAUACAGCAUAUCGGGGAGUGAUGGGGGCAAGACUGUUCCACUAAAAGAAGGGGUUACAACUGAUGUUAAAAUAGAGGUAACCUCAGAAGAUGGGACCAUUAAGAACUAUUUUGUUCACAUCAAGAGACUUUCAGGAAAAGAUGCAUCAUUGAUUGAAUUGAAAUUAAGUGAUGGAAUUCUACAGCCAGAGUUCGCAUCAGAACAUUUUGAAUAUUGUUGUUUACUACCAUGUCAUAUCAAGUUAUUAUCCAUUGCUGCUAAACCACCUGAUGUUAAAUGUCCUGUCACCGUGAACAAUGCAACUUCAGACACUCCUGUUUCUCUGAACAUUGGAGAAAGUAAAAUUGAUGUGGCUGUGAAGUCUGCUGAUGGAUCUGUCACCCAGGUCUAUACUAUUAUUGUCACGAGAAAACCAUUUCCAAGAUAUGUCAAAUUCAUUGACCCGAAUCUAUCCCUGAAAUAUGAGGAUCCAAUCUCAUUAGCAGCAUUGUAUUGUCCAAUCAGGAUCAAGGAUAGUGAACCACCACAUAUGUUUUCUGGGCCUCUAAUAUAUGAGAUUACCAAGACGUCAAAGUUUGAUCCAUUAAAUGAAAUGCCAUUAGAGAAUGAUUGGAAAGUAUCCGAUUAUGCAACAGAUGAAGCCAUCUCUAAUGCUGAUGCAUCUAUACCACUUGUAAAUGGAGGAUGCAGUGAUGCUAAAAAGUUUACUGACCUUGGAGAACUGCUCAAAACGUGUGGCCAGAAAGUCAAUGUUGAGGACAAAAGUAAAAAAUUCAAAACUGAUGUUCAAGUUCAACAUGAUCCUAAGGUUUGUGGUUGGGAAAAACAGCUGCAGCAAAUAUUUGAUGAGUCCAACCCAAUGAAACUGUGUACAGCUGCAAAACAAGCUGUUGAAAAAUACUUCGCUGCAAUUGCUAGUGCAGGCCACAGAGGGCACAGCCAAACUGGUGAAAGUCCAAUAGAGCAUCUUGACCAAGCAGCCUAUUGUUAUGCAACUGCCCUGAAAUACAAACCCAAGGACCCUAACCUACAUGUCCAGCUAGGCCUGGUACUGGAGGAGAAGUACUUUGCUGAAGAUUUACUGGGAUUGAAAAAAGAGGAGAAUGAUGACUUUCCCUCAUUGAACGUGCAAGCGAAAGAAGGCUCUAGAGAGGAAGAAUGUGGCGCCAUCUGUAAGCUACAUGGCUGUGAUGCUAAAGCUCCACUCUCUUUACAACUGAAAGCUAUCGACAAGGAGUACCAAACACUCAUCAAUUCAGGCCAGAGUGAAAAGGCAGACCAUGUGCAGUUUCUGUUUGCUUGGAAGUCUAAACAAGCCACACAGGAAGGGCUAGCUGCUCAAAAGGCCUCAGAUGAUACAUCAUGUCUAGGACAAGCUUAUCUGAAGUAUAUGGAUGCCCUGGCACUUGAUGACACCAAGGCUGUAUACAACUUUCAUGUGGGGAGGCUACUUGUAAUGCAGGGGAAUUAUGACGAUGCUAUAGUCAGACUGGAGGUUACUCUAGGUCUUAAUGCUCAACAUCAGCUAGCCAGAUCUUAUCUUGGCCUGGCCCUUGCACUGAGGAAAGAAGGGGCUGGAUCUAGGAGUAAAGAGGCAAUAGGUUACCUACAAGAAAGUAUGGAAUCCCUAAUUGCAUUAAACACAGAGGCAGCAAUGAAGCCAGAAAUUUUAAGAUCUGAUAAAUUGAGAGGGGAAUCUCCUCUGGUGAACACUAAUGUUUACCUGCUUCGAGGCAUCAUACAAUUAGGUAGACUGGUCGCUCAGACUCCAGAAGUUAAAGACACUUGUAUGUCUGCAGCUGACAUCUUUCACACCGCAGCAUUAUUUGCAUCAGCCACAUUCCCAACUGUUGCCAAGGGAGACACAUAUAAACAAUUACAAUGGAUUCUAUUGGAUGCUCACUCAAACCUCCUUGAAUUACUUUCUCUGAACCCCAAAGGAAAUGAAAAACUAAUUGCGCUACGAUGUGAAAGAUUAUCUGCAUUUAUUAAAUGUUCUGCUAUUCCAACAAAUGAGAAUAUACUUGCCUUACAAGAAAAGACCUGUCAACAACUAGUGCAGAACCAGCCAUCCAGCAGUCAUGCCCUCUAUCUCCUGGGUAGUGCCCAACUGUCAAAGUAUGAUGACAACCCAGAGCAGGAUGGGGCAGAGGGGCUACUCAAUGAUGCCAAGGCUUCAUUCAGAGCUAGUCUGGGCCUGGAAGGAAAGAUGGCCACUACAGAUAUACCAUCUGAACUCAUGGAUCAACAGUGGUGGAAGAAGCGACUAGAAAAAGAAAAAGAGGAACAGAAAAAAGCUACACCUGCAACUGCUACUAAUAAAGGUGGACCACCCUCAAGAGGAGGAGCUGCAGGUGUAAAGGGUGGAGCUACUGCAGGAAGGGGAGGAGCUGUCAGAGGGAGGGGUGGAGCUACAACACCAGCUAGGGGUGGAACAACUGUCCGUGGUGGACGUGGUGCAGCUGCUGCAGCUAGGGGGGCCAGAGGUGGUGCAGCUACCAGACCAGCUGCAGCUGGUAAAGUGUCCCCAGUCAAACCAGCUGCCAAAGCUCCCACAGGCAAAACAUCAUCUAGCCAUGUCUGUAGUCCUGCUAAACCUACAACUCCCAGCACUGGGGCUACUAAGCCUACAACUGAACCAGAAACAGUUGAAGCCAAGGACCAGAAGGUGGGGCCAGUGAAUAAAGCAACCUACCACCCAAGACUGGGCCUGGCAAGGGCACUUUCUAGAUUACCUGAUAAUAUUGAAGAAUCCCAGAAAUACUAUGAGCAAGUCAUACACAUGGCACCUGAUAUUCAUGAUGCAUAUGUAGAGCUUGCAAAUAUGCUGAUGAAGAGCUCACCUCUGAAAGCUGUUGAUGUCUACUGUAAAUUCCCCAUCCCAGAAACUCCUAGUUUUGACGAUGCAUUUAUCUUUGGUGAAAUAGUCCAAAUUUUAAUGAAACAUGAACAGUAUGAUGACCCAAGGCUUGGACCAAAUAUGAUAUCAUAUGGAAAAGUGUUAGGCUUAGCUGCAUUAGAAAAGUAUGUGGACACUUUAAGUGCAAAGUUCAAACAUGAUCUAUGCAAGCAGGUCUAUGCAGGAAUACAUGGGAAACCUGUUGAUGACCCAGAUCUCACUACAUUCUUCAAGUUCAAAUGUUGGAUGUGAUGUAUAUACAGUACAGUGUAUUAUAUAUGGAGAGAUUAGUCUACAAUGGAGACAAUGAAGUUUCAUUAAUAUGAAGAUAUUCUACACAAAUAUUUAAUCAGUUUUGUCAUAAAUUAGGUGAAAAUAUGGUGAAACCCAGAGACACAUCCAAUAAGAAAAAUGUCUUUAUUUCAUACCUAUGUAAGAUUCUCAGUAUUUGAUUCUCCUUGAUAAUGUUCUAUCAGAACUGUUAGUGCCCAUCAAGAAUGGAAAUCUUACACAGGAACUCAUGCAAGAACCUUCAUAUCAUAUACCCACAAAUGAGAGUAUUCUAUAAUGCUUUUGUAGGAUUAGACUUAUAAAUGCAACCAGGUUCAUAUUUUAGUUUUUUAAAUUAUGAAAAUAAAAAAUGGAUAUUACAGUCAUUUGCCGAAACAUCUGGAAAACCUGUUUCAACGUCCCAUCUCAGAACACUGAGUCCAAAUGCUGUAUGCGAUUAUAAAUACAUACAUGUAUUCUUAUCUCAUCGAACAAAGUUCAGGGAAUAUAAAUAACACCUCCAUCCAUCAGUCAGAUCAUCUAUCUAUUAGGGCGAUAACUCACUGGCCCGAUAUUGUUUGUAUUUUAUGGCAUAUGCCCUAUAUGAGUACAAGUUCUGCUUGAAGGCUGAUUUAUUAAAUGUCGAUUUUCAGUAUGUUUGUUACAACUUAUUUAUGAUAUCGAUUUUGUUCAAAUCUGAAUUUAGGUCACCAUUACACACAAUUUUACAUUUUUGUUAUAACUCAUGAAGUAGUGGAGUGAUUUUAUGUAUAUUUUAUAUGUGAAUGAUUAUAUUUGGCUUGUGGGUAGCCAUUUUGAAAAACGGCAGCCAUCUUUAUAUUUGUUAUUUUACGGUUUUUACUGUAAAAGUAGAUUUUUGAUACUUAAUAUGUGAAUACUAAGCAUGACACGUUUAAUGUUUUGUAUGAAGGAAAUAAAGAAAUAAAAAUGAAUAAGAAAAAA